AUGGCUGGCGUUAUGGCAAGAAGCGUGUGCCCCUCCGACGCCGGCGAAGAAUCCAAUCGGCUCCGGCCUGGACCGCGGAUUGGGAAAUAUCAUCGUGGCGUCGGGAUGAAAGGCGUUUUGCGAAACGAGCUUCCCAAGGAUGUCGCCGGGAACCCCGAUCCCUCCGCCGCCUCCGCCUCUGGCGAGGCGAGUCCCUCGAAGGCCUCGGAAGAGGCUGCCGCCAAGACCCCGGCCUCCCAGCGAGGCUUAUGCCUCGAAGACCACAGAUCCUGGCGCGACUCGGACUCCAUUAACCACGUCACUCUAUGCCUGUUUUGCAAAGAUACUGAUAGGUCGCAAGCAGGUAGCACGCCCGCUGCUGGCAUGACCGGCCUCUUGGAUCUCCCCCUGCGCCCCGUUAAGUGCAAGAAAGCCUGGCCCGAAGAAGCCGAGGAUAGUUGGGCUCGAACGAGAUGA